AUGUGUUGUAAAUAUGUGAAUUUUAUUCAUAUUAAAAAUAAAUGGAGUGAAUUUAGUUGUAGAUGGAAAUGUUGUGAAAAUAAUUGUAUAAAUACAAACAACCCUGUUGGUAAUUGUAUUAAAGGAAAUGGAUGUGUAAAUUUAAUUAAUGACGAAAAUAUUAAAUAUUUAGUGGGGAAAAGUGGUUGUGAUAAGAGAGUUGUUGUUUACACAGAAAAUUCAUUCAAAAAACCACAAAAUUGUUUAAACUAUUCUUUAUAUUAUUUUGAAAUUAAAUGUAAAUUUGAAGGAAAGUUAAAUAAUUAUGGAAAAUAUAUGGUUAUAGGUCUUAAGACUUUAAGUACAAAUAAAGUAAUUAUAUAUUUUGCAAACAAUUCUACAAUAUAUAACGAGAAGUUUGAAGGAUUUAAACUUUCGAAGCUGUGCUUUAAAAAUAAAGAUAUUUUUGGGUGUGGAUUAGUUUAUCCUCCAGCUGAUAAAUUAAAUGAAGAAUUUCCCUAUGUUUUCUUUACACAAAAUGGAAAACAAAUUGGAAAAGGUGUAUUAUUAAACAAUAAUUUUGAAUUAUAUAAACCAUAUGUUGCUUCGAGCUGUUGUUCUGUUGAAGCAAACUUUGGAAACAAUUUGACGUCAAAACCAUUUAAAUAUGAUAUUUCAAAUCAUUUCAUUAAUAAAGAUUUUUAUUAA